AUGCUGAAACGCUCGCAGUCUCAUCAGAGAAAAAACUUCAAGCUUUGUGAAUUCUUCAAUCGUUGUGGGAUCUUCGUAGCCAGUGCGUGUACGGAUGAUUCAAUUGACGAGGAAAUUCGUGUAUUCGGAUUGAUCCGGUCCCGUUUCGGCCAUCGUUGUGAGUAUUGUGAUGGAUUUCUGGAAAAAGUGAACUAAAUCCGUGCGUGAAUGAUGAUAACAAAAGGCCCAUGGUCAACAACCAAAAGAAGUAGUGAAAAAAAUUAAGCUGCGUUGCGAGCUCGGAUGCAAUUUUUUUACAGGUCAUUCAUUCAUUUGUUCUCAAACGAAAAAGAAAAAACAGUGUGAUGACGAGAAGGCAAAUCGGUGAAUCUUUGUAUAUACUGAAUAUUCACUGGUUGGCACUGAUGUGACGCGAUCUCUGCUUCUGGGUGCUUCCACGGUGAACGUGAUUCUGCUGGCAAAGUAACAACAAAAACUGGUGCAAAAUCUGAAGUGUUCCCGUUUGGGGUUACGCUUCGAAUCGACAAGUUUGUUCUCUGCGACAGAAAAUUCAAGUGUUCCUCAUAGUUAUCCUGAAGACGAGUGGCGGUGAUGGUAGUGGUGUUUGAAUGAAAGAAAAGAAUUUGGUUUCUGUCAUCCUGCCUGGUGAUGUGAAAAUGACUUGGUCCAUUAUCACUGAAAUUUUAUUUUCGUGACUGUGUUUUGGUAACAGUAAUUGAAUCAUCAUAUCAAAAUAGUUAUACAGCAACGCUUGAGAUCUGCUGAACAAACAAAAAAAUAGAAAAAACACUUCCCGAUACCGAGAACAAAGCCACGCAAAAAUUUGCGGUUUAGUUCGGGCGAAGUUAAUUUUCGCACCAAGUGAGAUUUGUUGUUGUUUUGGAAGAUAGCAGUGACGGAUAGGUGCAAAAUAUGUGAAUCGAUUGCCGUAACAGCACUCGGUUGUGUGCAAGAAAGAAAACGAAAGGAAACAACCGAAGAGGCAGCUGAAGGAAAAUGGUAUUAUGUGGUCAAUUGUGCACCCCGUUCCGCCCCUGAUGAAUCAGCACUCGGAAAUGCUAAUGAAGAAGAUACGAGAAGUGGUGUUAUGAUUCGGUUUUUAUUACCGUUGUUUACCUGGGUCUCGUUUGGUGAUUGUUGCCCGCAAGGUGAAAUGAUAAUUACGCCAAGUGCAGCUAGCAGCACCGUGUCGAGCGAAAAACGGAAGCAGAAUCCAUCGAUUGUCGGCGUCGACAGCAGCCACUGCGGUUCCAGGGACACUCCCAAUCGCGUGUGAAACGUUUCCGCCUGGUAUAUCCGCAAGCAAGGCAACUAGUGAACCUCGAAGACAGAGAAGAAGAAGAAGAACAAGAAGAAUCUGGUGCAGGAUCUUUUGUGAAGCUUAUAUAAGUGUAGCUUGAUUUUUUUAUAUUCCGAUUCUAGUGGGUGAAAGCUGGGUACAUUGUUUUUGCCAGAGUGAAUGACACUGAUAGGGCCAGGAGCCCCAGGAAUGGCAUUUAUGAUGAAGAAGAAAAAGUAUAAGUUCACGGUGGAACUUCAUCUGGAGGAACUGGUUGAGGUACCGUUCGUCAAUGCGGUGCUUUUCGCGAAAAUUCGACUGCUGGACGGUGGAUCCUUUCAGGAGCAUAGCAAUAGAGAGGAGGUGAAGAAUCACACCGUCAAAUGGGGCCAAAAGUUCGAGUUCCCCUGCAAGAUGACAUCGAAUGCGUCCACCGGGGUGCUGGAUCCUUGCACGGUACGAAUAUCGGUGCGGAAGGAGAUUAAAGGUGGUAGAAGUUAUCAGAAAUUAGGAUUUAUAGAUUUAAAUUUAGCUGAAUUUGCGGGUUCUGGACUAACGUCCCGGAAGUGUCUCCUGGAGGGUUACGAUACCCGACAUCGACAGGAUAACUCCAUGUUGAAUGUGUCGAUACGAAUGCACAUGAUUCAGGGUGAUAUUUUGUUCAAAGUUCCUUCGCCAAGUCCAAAAUCAAAAACGACUCCCCAGGAUAAUCUCGGGCUUGGUCUGCAAUCUGUGUCCGUUGGGGGUUCACCUGCGGUGGUAGCACCGGUAGCUGCCAAUCGUGUCUCUACCAAAGACGAUUCAUCGAUCACGUCUGGUUCGUCCGGCUUCGAUUCGUUAACCAAGAAGAAAACUCCCCUGUUCGCGACAGCUGAUUAUCAGCAAUCCAUCGAGCUGGAUCCACAGUCCUUUUUGGUGACCGAUUCCGGUAUAUCUGAAUCUUCCGAACCGCCAUCGUCACUGUUAGACUCCACUGCCUCUCAGGCGACACUUCCUUCCCUGCAAACGCACUCCAUGGUCAACAACGCGCAGUGUCCCGUGGGCAGUGGAUCAGUAGGAUCUGGUGGAGCAACGUGCGCAACGGUAGCCACGGCAACGUCCGGAACGGUACCCGGGAACAUAGAACUGGGUCAUUCCCGUAACUCGAGUAACACUAGUCAAAUGUCCAAAGGGUCCGGUUACAGUAGUUUCUCCCAGAGUCAACACUCGCGGCAAAGCUCCGAGGGCGACUCGGGACAUCAAAGGUUGCGUUCGUCAUUGCAAGCUAAGAGUCAAGAUGCUCCGAAAAAACCUAGCUAUUCUUCCGUAGUUAAUGGUAAACGUUUUGCUAAUGUUAAUAAAAAAUUCAUCACCAGUGUCGCUGGUCCCGGAGCGACCACGGCAGCUGUCAAUGGCUUUCGCGGUGGAGAUGGCAGCAGCAGCAGUGAAGGAACACCCACCAAGGUCAUGACCACCCAACGGUUACUGAGCAAGCUAAGGAUCCCGCAAAGUCCUAACUCGGAUUCAGGGGAUGAAACAUUUGUCACACCGGACGUUACGGUCAUGUCGGACGAGGAAGCAUCGAGUGAGGACAGGACCGAUUCUGGACUUGAUGAGUUUGGCACUCCUACGUCGGAUAUUCCGCUGGCGAGGUUGAUGAAAAUGAAGAGUAUGAAUAACCUCUCCGCGACGAAAAGUAACAUAUUUUUCCCGGAGAUCGAUUUAGACAAUUCAUCGAAGGAUAAUGGUCGAUAUUACGGUACACCUGGCCAGCAGAGUUUGAGUCGCAUGAAGUCGUUGGGGAAUCUUUCGGCUUACGAACGAGAGUUUGGAGCGACUCCGGUAGACUUGCUCAAAUUGAAAAAGGACUUCGAAUUAAGAAGGUUCAGUUUUGCGAAAAUGAAAUCAUUAUCCGAUCUGAACGACGAAAGUGAAGAUUUGCUGGCACAAAGAAGAAAACAAGUAACGAAAGAGAAUGAAGUGAAUUCACCUUCUCCCAUUGAAGAAAAAACAACAACGUUCCAGAGAAAUGGAAUUGAUCUUGCGCAUCGUUUCCAACCGUUUCAAAUAAGAAAUUCCUUCCAUAGUGGCAUCUACCGCAAAAAGGCCGGUAUUGGCUAUACUCGCUACAUCGGUAUCGAGGAUGAUACGCCAUCGCCACUGACUAAGAUGUGCUCCAUUCCCACUCUGAGUGCCACCGAUCGCAUCGAUCCCAAUCCAUUCCUGACUCCCAACAUAUGUCGGAAACGAUUUUCUUCAUCCAGUAACAGUCCCGAUGAGAACGAUCAGUCUCCAGUGGAAACUCGAGCGGCCAGAAAGCUUGUUGUCGAUGGCGAUGUUGUUGAUUCAGCUUCGUAUCAGCUGCGAGCCCCGUUCGAGCGCAAUUUCCGUAAAAGUUCUCCACCAGAAGACGUCCGGUCCUCCCAACCGAUGGCACCAUUCCGACAGUCCGAUAGCAACUUUUACAACAUCAUUCGCAACUAUCCGAUCGGAAAAUCUUCCUCGGUUAAUUUGGAAUGGCUCAAGCACCGAUCAUCGUACAAUAACUUUCCGUUGAGCGUCAAACCUACCACAACAAUAUCGAAUGCGGGAUCGGCAGGACCACCGCAAGUAACGUCACCGACGAAAGCGCUGAUCCAUCGAACAGCACCAAGUUCGCCAUCUUCAAAUCCAUACAGUACUCGCGUCUAUCAUAGGUUGGAGGAUUCACCGAAAGCUAGAAAAUUCCGAUCACUAGUACGUGUGAUUCUGAACCUAAUCAUUAAAAGACAGACGAAUCAGUCGACAAGCAUUAACAAUAGCAAUAGUUCAGCCCAAUUAAAGAAUAUUUGCGGUUUGCACCGCCGCCUUUUGGAUGGCAGUACUCGUCAAUUAACCUCACUAACCCUCGUAACACCAGUGGCAUCAGCGGCGGCACCGGGCAGCGGUCCGGCCGUACCGUCGACCGCUUCCAUCAGUCCCCAGUCGUCAGCUGCGUUGGCUGGUUUGGGCACUGACCACGACCGGGCGACCGACACGCAAAGUUUAGCGUUCUGUGAUCCCGCUUCUGGUGCCGGAACUAAUAAUGGCCUGUCCAGCACUAGCUCCACUACUAACACCGGCAUUGUUGGUGGCGGGAACUCAUCCACACUAGGCCUUGUUACGCCAACGUCACUAGCUUUAAGGCGUCCCAGUGCUAACAUAAAUCCCAGUUCUAGUUCUAUUCCAAUGAGUGAAACGGGUUCGCUCGAUCGGAUGAAAUCGGCGGCAGAACGACGGAAGAAAGGAGCGCUGGAAGGUGACAGCGGGACGGUGCCCAAUGUGUCCGGCCGAGUGGAAGGAACCCGUGUUAACACCGGUCUGAUAAUUGACGAACUACUGAAAAACACCAAGCUGGACCACCUGGAGGAAUCGGAGUCCCCAGCCGGUCUCGCGCUGUACAUCAGCAGCGACGGAACGACAACUCUCGGUAGCCACGAGGUCAAAUCACGAAUGCCGGCCGGAGUGUUCAAACAGGUGGUGAUGGAAAACCCGAGAUAGUAGCAGCAGUAAAGCCGCCUAGCGAUGUCCAAGUACUCCCGCACUCGUCACAGUCAUGAACUGCAAUAUUAUCCCGAGCGUCAUGUUUCGCAUAUGCUUUUCUGCAGUCAUUUAACAGGAAAUGUGCAGAUCUUCUAGCGCAAGUAAAAUGUGAAUAAACUACUACAAAGUUGAACUAAUCGCUUCGAUACUAUUACCUUUUUAUUUGAAAAUGAAGAUUUUUCUUUUGUUUUUUUUUCUCGACAGUCUGGUUAGGAUUUCUUCGGUUUAGGCAUGAAUACGUAAAGCUUGGUCGUUAGUAUUAUUAUUAUUUAUUACCUUUAGUUCGAAAUCUUAUGCCAUCAUCAAUGUGUAUUCCACACAAGCUAUUCUAUCUGUGACGAUAAAAAUGCAAAUAGAUGCACAUUUUAAAAAGAGUCAUACCAUUUAACAAAGCAAACAUCUGUGAAAAGAUAUCGAAAUAUGGUGUGAAUGUUUUCCUUGGUAUUAAAUUUUAUUCUAUAAUUUUAAUCAGUUAGUUAAUUUGUCCUUAUGUGUACAGAAUAGUUCGGUCAAACUAUGCGAAGAGAAAAAAAUAUUAUUGUUGUGUAAAUACAUUGUAAAGUAUUUAAUGGUAAAGUAAUCUUUAAUUAAGAAGAGAAACUAAUUGUUGUGAUUUUUAGAAACGGCAAAUUUUCCAAUUGUAUUGGGUGAAUCGCGCAACUAGAAUUGCAGGAAACGUAAGCAAAAACAGUGGACUAUUCAAAUAAAAUAUCCAUUAAAAAUUGCAGUUUGGAAGCAUAAUGACAUUGUUUGACGGAAACGUAUCCUAUUUUUAAAAUCAAAAAAUGAGGCAACGGCAAUGGGAACACGUUUAGUAGAAAAAUAAGAAAAAAAAACGCAUCGUGAAGAUCAGAGAAAAAAACAGUCAAAGAUUUAAAACGAACCAUCAUAUGAGUAAUUUCUGGUGACAAAUUAGCGCUCCACACGUUGGACAGGAAAUAAAACAAAAUUGCAUGUAUCACAACUCAACAAUAAACACAAAAAAUAAAACUAGAAACAUGAGGCUCAAUUCAAAACCAGUA